CGGUGGUCCAGCCGAGGUGCGGGCGAACAUUACCGCCCGACAACGUUCGACUUCGGUGGGGACAGCGGCAACGGUAAUGAAGAGUGGCGGACGGGGUCCGCGGAGGGCCCGAGGUGACCCGGCCCCUCGCACGUGCCGGCGGGAAACGGACAGGCCUCCGACGGGCAGCUGUUUCGAAAUUCGUCGGGCUGUACGUCCGUCGCCGAAAGCAGAGGUCCGCAAUGUAAACCGGUGGAGGGCGUCAUCAGCCAUCACUUGCCGUCUGCUGUUUGUCGCCCUCAGGUUGGCCGUUACGCUGCGGUUGUCUUACAUGGCCGACGUGUUCCGCAAGCUGCUGCUGCUCCUCCUCGUCGUGAUUCUGCUUGUUGUUGUCGUCUUUGUUCAGGUGUGCAUAUUGGGGAGGUUGCCUUCACGUACUCGCAGGAAAGGAGGGGCGAGAAAGAGCGUGGCCAUGGACGGGAGGCGGCCGAAUCUGAGGACGUUGUCCACCCCUAAUCCCGGCAACCGGGCUCCGAUGUGUGCUGGUGUAGACAGAAUGGCGGCAGGUCCGCCACCGUACGAAGGACUGCCGCCUCACUUGCAACCGCUGCCCGAUUCGGACGAGGGGGAGGCAAAGGUGGGCGUGUCGAGGACAGUUCCGCUUGGUAGCGGGUCUACCCAGGAGUGGACGGGUAGCCAGUUGUAUGAUCGCCGCGGGGCGAAGUACGGGCAGUCGUUCACUUCCCUCCUUCACGACGGCGCGGAGGAGGAGGAAUGCCUCCCCCCUGUCGAUCUCACAUUUGGCCUCCAGAGCGGGAGGCCGUCUUCUGUCAUGCGCACUGUGCUCAUGAACCCUCAUCCCGACGACGACGCGGGGAAGGUCACAUUCAGCGGCAGGGGCACGAGGGGCGGAGCGGCGGCAGAGGUGACGUCGGGGAAGACGACGACAUGGCCUCGAACGCAGGCGACUUCUGGCCCGUCGGUUCCACGCACUGUCGGACAAUGUCCUGAGUGGAUGACCCUAAUUCCUCCGUUGUUCGGGGCGCGCGACGACGUUCGUCAUCCCGUAGAUCGGACUGUGACUCACGAAGACUUCCCUUUCGAGGGCGCGCAUGGAGAUGGCAGGCGGGUGUGGAAGGAGGCGAGGCAGGAGUUGCGGCGGCAGCAAAAAGAGUCCAUAAUGCAAGGUGUGGAGCGUUUACGCGAGGGGGAGCAAAGUGGGCAAGCAGACGUGGCCACCGGGGGGGGUGACGCGUGGACAAACGUUGGCGAAGUUUAGUGCAACGUAGACGACGACGACAGCGGCGACGUGUUCCCGUUGCGUGCGCCGAACAUGGGUGGGAGGGGCGGCAGGGGCAGCACUUCGACUA